UCUGCGGUAAAGAACUUAUCAGCGUUCCGUCUGCUCCAGGGUUCCUUCCAGUGGUUGGAGGACUGUGUUUUCUGCAGCCAGAUCCUAAAGCACCAUCAGGACCGUGUGGUCAUGGUACAGGGCCAACUUGUAUACGCAGCAGCAUAUACACACGCAAACACACACACACACACACACACUGUAACAGGUGCGUAGGUUAUCAGUGAUGGAGGUAUUUUGGAACUUCUGCUGGGAGAACUACGCAGGAGGGCCAAGAUACUCAGGAAGUCUGGAGGAGCAGGUACUUGUGUAUAAUUGUAAUGAUGACGUUAUCACAUAUACAGUCUUAUAUGGAGCCUACAGAGCCUCUCAGUCUUUCUCACACACAGAGAUCUCUUCUCUCUCUGUCAGGUCCCCAAGAUCAGUCAGCUGUAGAGGUGGGUAAGAGAUCUCUUACCACCAGUAUGCUCAGAGUAGUGGCUGCCCUACCCUACACUCCAUCAGAAACACAGGUAAGUGUCGGAGUCUGGUCUAGCGAGAGUGCAACCAACAUUUGCCCCAAAGGCACUGGUUCGAUCCCUGGGUCCACCACUAGCCACUUUCCUCACUAUAUCCCACUCUUAUCUUUCUCCCCUCUAAUUCAUACCUGUGUCUAUCCAAAGAAAUGGUACGAUCUAUCAUGUACACACAUCCCAAAACCUCUCUCUCUCUCGCUCUCUCUCUGUAUCAGUCCGUGACUUGGGGAUGGCUUCCUACAUAAAGAUGGCGGCAGGUGGCAGGUAGCUUAGUGGGUAAGAGCGUUGUGCCAGUAACCGAAAGGUUGCGGGUUCUAAUCCCCGAGCCGACUAGGUGAAAAAUCUGUCGAUGUGCCCUUAAGCAAGGCACUUAACCCUAAUUGCUCCUGUAAGUCGCUCUGGAUAAGAGCGUCUGCUAAAUGACGUAAAUGUAAAUGUAAUAAAGAUCCUAUAUGAGGAGCAGUACAGAGGACCUGGAGCAGCUAUCAGAGAUCAACCCUGACGAGUUCGUGUCUACGGCUAUAGGAGCUCUCUGUUCCUCUACACAACAGGAGCUGGGCCUCAAACAUGACCUGCUGCAGGUAUACACACACACACACGUGUGGAAAAGCACACACACACACGCGCAUGCAUGCACACAUACACGUGCAGAAACACACACACACACACACAUGCACACAUGCUUGCACACAGACAGAUGCGCACACACACACAUUGAUCUCUAAUGUAUUAUGGAUUGUUGUCCAACACAUUCUGCUAAAGCAUGAGGUGAAAUGGACUGAUCUGCAGAUUUCAUUUUCACGUCUAAUUGUAACAAAUUGUAACACGUUUAAAGCAUAAUAAGCCAGUGAAUUUGUUAUCUCAUCCUCCGGGAGCCUUAUUGCAUUACAGACAAAUGCAGAUUGAUUCGCUAAUACAGGUUUAGCUGUUAGCCAGGGUGCUAUUCGAUUACCCCAUCCAGCCUUGUUCUGUAGCUCUCUGAAGAUUAGGACCUCUUUCACAUCAGAGAAUGGCUGAUAAACCUGAUUAGAUCUAAGUGAGUUAGCGUCUUACUGUACGUGUCCAAUUUUAUAGAUCAGAGCGAAGGGGUUACUAACUCGCAAACGAUCUGUGUGUGCGUGUAUUUGUAUACGAGUGUGUGUGUGUGAGUGCAAGUGUGUUUAUGUGUGUUAACUUGGUUAAAGCAGAUGGCAAUCAGAUUGUGUGACCUGGGUUGGCGUGUGUUGAUAGGCAUUGUGAUUACUCCAGUUCUUGUUAAUCACAUUUCUUCCUGCAUUCUGCCACACACAUUACAUAUCUGAUGGAUUAGACCACUAAAUUAGCAGAAGCUUAUCACAUUUAGCUUAGUCCUCAAAAAUGGUUACCCCAAAUCAUUUAUGAUUUAGUGAUUUAUUUAUGUCUGGACUAAUUUUCAUCUCUUCAUGACCUGCUUGUUUUAAUUGACUGAACAGAACCACGAAAGAGAUGGGACAUGGAUUUUGCUUUGUUUACUUCUCGAUAGGCAAUUGAAUGCAUUAUACAUUAUUACUCAUAACAUAUCUAGCCGCUCGUCAUUGAUGUUUCUGUGACUGCAUACUCCCAUACCUCAUACAUCUGAGUACUGUGUGUGAACUGAAUAGCUCGGUCCAGGCUUUUCUGUUUGUGCUGUCCUUUAAAGGGUUAAGUCUGUAUCGGUUCAAGGACCUGGAUCUAUGCCUGUAUUGUUGCCAUAUUAUCGUCUCAGUAAACAUGUUAACUGGUAUUUCUCUGCCUCGUCCAUUGAACUCUAUAAUGUAACAUCCUUUACCUCGUUCGUUAGAUAGUCAGAAAGAACUAAAGCACAAAUGGAAUCCGAAUAGUGUGUGUGAUUCUUCUAUAAUACAGUGCCUUCAGAAAGUAUUCACACCCCUUGACUUUUACCACAUUUUGUUGUGUUACAGCCUGAAUUUAACAAAGUAGAAUUAUGUUUUAAAAAUGUCACAAUGAGGCCAAUGGUGACUUUAAAACAGUUACAGAGUUUAAUGGCUGUGAUAGGAGAACACUGAGGAUGGAUCAAAAACAUUGUAGUUACUCUACAAUACUAACCUAAAUGACAGAGUGAAAAAAAGGAAGCCUGUACAGGAUAAAUAUAUUCCAGAACAUGGAUCCUGUUUGCAAUAAGGCACUAAAGUAAAACUGCAAACAAAUUGGCUAAGAAAUUAACUUUAUGUCCUGAAUACAAAGCGUUGCAGUGCCUUCGGAAAGUAUUCAGACCCAUUUACUUUUUCAACAUUUUGUUACAUUACAGCCUUAUUCUAAAAUUGAUUAAAUAUUUUAAAAAUUCAGCAAUCUACACACAAUACCCCAUAAUGACAAAGCGAAAAUUGAUUGGACAUGAUUUGGAAAGGCACACACCUGUCUAUAUAAGGUAUUUGUCAAAUGUGCCGAAUACAACAGGUGUAGACAUUACAGUGAAAUGCUUACUUACAAGCCAUUAACCAAAAAUGCAGUUUUAAGAAAAAAAAGUGUUAAGUAAAAAAUAUAUAAGUAAAAAAAAUAAAAAAUAAAAAUAAUUAAAGAGCAGCAGUAAAAUAAAAUAACAGUAGGGAGGCUAUAUACAGGGGGUACCGGUACCGAGUCAAUGUGCCGGAGCACCAUUUAGUCGAGGGAAUUUAGGUAAUAUGUACAUCUGGGUAGAAUUAAAGUGACUAUGCAUAGAUAAUAAACAGAGUAGAAACAGCGCAAAAAGAGGGGUUAGCUGAUUAGCUGUUCAGGAGUCUUAUGGCUUGGGGGUAGAAGCUGUUAAGAAGCCUUUCGGACCUAGACUUGGCGCUCCGGUCCCGCUUGCCGUGUGGUAGCAGAGAGAACAGUCUAUGACUAGGGUGGCUGGAGUCUUUGACAAUUUUUAGGGCCUUCUCUGAAAUCGCCUGGUAUAGAGGUCCUGGAUGGCAGGAAGUUUGGCUCCAGUGAUGUACUGAGCCGUACGCACUACCCUCUGUAGUGCCUUGUAGUCGGAGGCCGAGCAGUUGCCAUACCAUGCAACCAGUCAGGAUGCUCUCGAUGGUGCAGCUAUAUAACUUUUUGAGGAUCUGAGGACCGAUGCCAAGUCUUUUCAGUCUCCUGAGAGGUAAUAUGCUUUGCCGUGUCUUCUUCACGACUGUCUUGGUCUGUUUGGAUCAUGAUAGUUUGUUGGUGAUGUGGACACCAAGGAACUUGAAGCACUCAAACUGUUCCACUACAGCCCCAUUGAUGAGAAUGGGGGCGUGCUCAGUCCUCUUUUUUUUCCUGUAGUCCACAGUCAUCUCCUUUGUCUUGAUCACGUUGAGGGAGAGGUUAUUAUCCUGGCACCACACGACCAGGUCUCUGACCUCCUCCCUAUAGGCUGUCUCAUCGUUGUCGGUGAUCAGGCCUACCACUAUUGUGUCGUCGGCAAACUUAAUGAUGGUGUUGGAGUCGUGCCUGGCCAUGCAGUCAUGGGUGAACAGGGAGUACAGAAGGGGACUGAGCAUGCACCCCUGAGGGGCCCCCGUGUUGAGGAGCAGCGUGGCAGAUGUGUUGUUACCUACCCUUACCACCUGGGGGUAGUCCGUCAGAACUGUUUAGUUCCAGGGUCCUUAGCUUAGUGAUGAGCUUUGAGGGCACUAUGGUGUUGAACGCUGAGCUGUAGUCAAUGAAUAGCAUUCUCACGUAGGUGUUCCUCUUGUCCAGGUGGGAAAGGGCAGUGUGGAGUGCAAUUGAGAUUGCAUCAUCUGUGGAUCUGUUGGGGCGGUAUGUAAAUUGAAGUGGGUCUGGGAUAAUGGUUUUGAUGUGAGCCAUGACCAGCCUUUCAAAGCACUUCAUGGCUACAGACGUGAGUGCUAUGGGUCGGUAGUCAUUUAGGCAGUUUAUCUUAGUGUUCUUGGGCACAGGGAUGUUGGUGGUCUGCUUGAAACAUGUUGGUGUUACAGACUCAGUCAGGGACAUGUUGAAAAUGUCAGUGAAGAUACUUGCCAGUUGAACAGCGCAUGCUCGGAGUACACGUCCUGGUAAUCUUUUUUUACAUUUACAUUUUAGUCAUUUAGCAGACGCUCUUAUCCAGAGCGACUUACAGGAGCAAUUAGGGUUAAGUGCCUUGCUCAAGGGCACAUUAACGUCAUUUAGCAGACGCUCUUAGCCAGAGCGACUCACAAAUUGGUGCGUUCACCCUAUAGCCAGUGGGAUAACCACUUUACAAUUUGGGGGGGGGUUAGAAGGAAUACUUUAUCCUAUCCCAGGUAUUCCUUAAAGAGGUGGGGUUUCAAAUGUCUCCGGAAGGUGGUGAGUGACUCCGCUGUCCUGGCGUCGUGAGGGAGCUUGUUCCACCAUUGGGGUGCCAGAGCAGCGAACAGUUUUGACUGGGCUGAGCGGGAACUGUGCUUCUGUAGAGGUAGGGGAGCCAGCAGGCCAGAGGUGGAUGAACGCAAUGCCCUCGUUUGGGUGUAGGGACUGAUCAGAGCCUGAAGGUACAGAGGUGCCGUUGCCCUCACUGCUCCAUAGGCAAGCACCAUGGUCUUGUAGCGGAUGCGAGCUUCAACUGGAAGCCAGUGGAGUGUGCGGAGGAGGGGGGUGACGUGAGAGAACUUGGGAAGGUUGAACACCAGACGGGCUGCGGCAUUCUGGAUGAGUUGUAGGGGUUUAAUGGCACAGGCAGGAAGGCCAGCCAACAGCGAGUUGCAGUAGUCCAGACGGGAGAUGACAAGUGCCUGGAUUAGGACCUGUGCCGCUUCCUGUGUAAGGCAGGGUCGUACUCUCCGAAUGUUGUAGAGCAUGAACCUGCAGGAGCGGGUCACCGCCUUGAUGUUGGCGGAGAACGACAGGGUGUUGUCCAGGGUCACGCCUAGGCUCUUCGCACUCUGGGAGGAGGACACAGCGGAGUUGUCAACCGUGAUGGCGAGAUCAUGGAACGGGCAGUCCUUCCCCGGGAGGAAGAGCAGCUCCGUCUUGCCAGGGUUCAGCUUGAGGUGGUGAUCCGUCAUCCAUACUGAUAUGUCUGCCAGACAUGCAGAGAUGCGAUUCGCCACCUGGUUAUCAGAAGGGGGAAAGGAGAAGAUUAGUUGUGUAUCGUCAGCGUAGCAAUGAUAGGAAAGGCCAUGUGAGGAUAUGACAGAGCCAAGUGACUUGGUGUAUAGGGAGAAAAGGAGAGGGCCUAGAACUGAGCCCUGGGGGACACCAGUGGUGAGAGCACGUGGUGCGGAGACAGCUUCUCGCCACGCCACUUGGUAGGAGCGACCGGUCAGGUAGGACGCAAUCCAGGAGUGAGCCGCGCCGGAGAUGCCCAGCUCGGAAAGGGUGGAGAGGAGGAUCUGAUGGUUCACAGUAUCAAAGGCAGCAGACAGGUCUAGAAGGACAAGAGCAGAGGAGAGAGAGUUAGCUUUAGCAGUGCGGAGAGUCUCCGUGACACAGAGAAGAGCAGUCUCAGUUGAAUGACCAGUCCUGAAACCUGAUUGGUUUGGAUCAAGAAGGUCAUUCUGAGAGAGAUAGCAAGAGAGUUGGCUAAAGACGGCACGCUCAAUAGUUUUGGAAAGAAAAGAAAGAAGGGAUACUGGUCUGUAGUAAUCUGUCUGACCCUGCGGCGUUGUGAAUGUUGACCUGCUUAAAAGUCUUACUCACAUCGGAUACGGAGAGCGUGAUCACAUAGUCAUCCGGAACAGCUGAUGCUCUCAUGCAUGCUUCAGUGUUGCUUGCCUCGAAGCGAGCAUAGAAGUGAUUUAGCUCGUAUGGUAGGCUUGUGUGAUUGGGCAGCUCGCGGCUGUGCUUCCCUUUGUAGUCUGUAAUUGUUUUCAAGCCCUGCCACAUCCGACGAGCGUCAGAGCCAGUAUAGUACGAUUCAAUCUUAGUCCUGUAUUGACUCUUUGCCUGUUUGAUGGUUCGUCAUAGGGCAUAGUGGGAUUUCUUAUAAGCGUCCGGGUUAGAGUCCCGCUCCUUGAAAGCUGCAGCUCUACCCUUUAGCUCAGUGCGGAUGUUGCCUGUAAUCCAUGGCUUCUGGGUGGGGUAUGUCACUGUGGGGACGACGUCAUCGAUGCACUUAUUGAUGAAGCCAGUGACUGAUGUGGUGUACUCCUCAAUGCUAUCGGAAGAAUCCCGGAACAUAUUCCAGUCUGUGCUAGCAAAACAGUCCUGUAGCUUAGCAUCUGAGUCAUCUAACCACUUCCUUAUUAACCGAGUCACUGGUGCUUCCUGCUUUAGUUUUUGCUUAUAAGCAGGAAUCAGGAGGAUAGAGCUAUGGUCAGAUUUGCCAAAUGGAGGGCGAGGGAGAGCUUUGUACGCGUCUCUGUGUGUGGAGUAAAGGUGGUCUAGAGGUUUUUUUCCCUCUGGAUGCACAUUUAACGUGUGUAUCUGUGGUCUCCCAUCCUUAACCCUUAGCCCAAGCACUGCCAGUAAUUAUCUCAUUUCUCUGCUGUAGCCCAUAGCUUCAGUCCAGACAGUCCAGUGUUGAUCUGUAUUCAACUACUGUCUUCUCUCUGUGACUUCAUCAGCUCAGACAGUCCUGUGUGUGUAUGUGGUCUCCUCUGUAGCUGGAUCUGGAUGAGGUUCUGCAAGCAGUGAUUGAAAGCACAGCGUACACAAACUCUGCUACCCUACAGCUGUGUUCCAAGCCUGCAGCCAUGCUACUGGAGCUGGUCAAGGCCAUCAUCACACAGGUGAGAAAACUGGGUUCAAAAAUUAGUUUACCUUCUCGCUCUGACUACAAUUGCACAAAAGUACUCUCAAAGCACUUAACAUUGUAAAUGGUUACUAUUAAAGUCAUCAGUAUGAACUUAGUAUUACACCCUUCCUCAAUCUAAAUGCUGUCCUGUCUGUCGUCUCUCUCCGUGUAUAGCGGUUGUCUGCCACUGAUGCAUCUUGGUAGUCGCAGUUUCCCAGCAGUGUGAUUCAAUUCCUGUGUCUGGUACACAAUCACUGCCCCGAGACCAACUAUGGAUUUCUUCGAAGUUCCUAGACACACUCGCCAGCACCGUGUUUCCCCUGAGGUGUGUAUUCUUCUUCUGCUCUCCUGAGGGGACAUCAGACCUAGAAUGGGGGUUUUGAUAAAUAGUGAUGUUCUAGCUCUACUCUCCUCACCCUCAGGAGGAGGCGCCUAAGUGGGAGUGUCAGCCAACCAGGAAGCAGGUGUGUGACUUAAUCUGUAUCCUCUUGCUGCUCAACUUGCCUGCCAAGGAAUACACACACUUCCUGCUGCUGUUACUGGAGGUAAACACACACAUAUACACACUUGUUCCUAAAUGACUGUAUUUCCCUGCUUUCUCCAGAAGGUGUCACUCUUGGCCCGCCUAUGAGACAGAGAGGCAACGUAUUCAUUGAGUCACACACUACAGCUAAAUACAUUUACAUUUUAGCAGACGCUCUUAUCCAGAGCGACUUACAGUUAGUGAGUUCAUACAUUUUUUCAUACUGCCCCUCCCCCGUGGGAAUCGAACUCACAACCCUGGCAUUGCAAGUGCCAUGCUCUACCAACUGAGCUACAUGGCACCAUGGGAGAUGGAGAGAAGACAGGGCUGGCUGCUACCUUAGGAGCACAUGUUCACCCAUCUGUGUGUGUGUGUGUGUGUGUGUGUGUGUGUGUGUGUGUGUGUGUGUGUGUGUGUGUGUGUGUGUGUGUGUGUGUGUGUGUGUGUGUGUGUGUGUGUGUGUGUGUGUGUGUGUGUGUGUGUGUCUGUGUGCGUUGCAGUAUUCCCCAGAUGGAGCGUCGUUGGAGCAGAGACAGGUUAUCCAGAAUGAACUGCUUGAGUUUCUCAUGGAGGUCAUCCACAUGACCAGCCAGGAGGAUGGACAUAACACAUACCUCAACACACAGGGUAGAGUACACAUACACAACACAUGCACUCAUGCACAUACCUCACCUACAGUGCAUUUGGAAAGUAUUCAGACCCCUUGGCUUUUUCCACAUUUUGUUACGUUACAGCCUUAUUCUAAAAUUGAUUAAAUACAUUUUUUCCUCAUCAAUCUACACACAAUACCCCAUAAUGACAAAGCGAAAACAGGUUUAUAGAAAUUUUUGCAAAUGUAUUACAAAUAAAAAACAGAAAUACCUUAUUUACAUAAGUAUUCAGACCCUUUGCUAUGAGACUCGAAAUUGAGCUCAGGUGCAUCCUGUUUCCAUUGAUCAUCAUUGAGAUGUUUCUACAACUUGAUUGGAGUCCACCUGUGGUAAAUUAAAUUGAUUGGACAUGAUUUGAAAAGGCACACACCUGUCUAUAUAAGGUCCCACAGUUGACAGUGCAUGUCAGAGCAAAAACCAAGCCAUGAGGUCGAAGGAAUUGUCCGUAGAGCGCAGAGACAGGAUUGUGUCGAGGCACAGAUCUGGGAAAGGGUACCAAAACAUUUCUGCACCAUUGAAGGUCCCCAAGACUACACUGGCCUCCAUCAUUUUUAAAUGGAAGAAGUUUGGAACCACAAAGACUCUUCCUAGAGCUGGCCGCCCGUCCAAACUGAGCAAUUGGGGGAUAAGGGCUUUGGUCAGGGAAGUAACCAAGAACCCGAUGGUCACUCUGACAGAGCUGCAGAGUACCUCUAUAGAGAUGGGAGAACCUUCCAGAAGCACAAUCAUCUCUGCAGCACUCCACCAAUCAGGGCUUUAUGGUAGAGUGGCCAGACGGAAGCCACUCCUCAGUAACAGGCACAUGACAGCCCGCAAAAGGCACCUAAAGGACUCUCAGACCAUGAGAAACAAGAUUCUCUAGUCUGAUGAAACCAACAUUGAACUCUUUGGCGUGAAUGCCAAGCGUCACGUCUGGAGGAAACCUGGAACCAUCCCUAUGGUGAAGCAUGGGGGUGGCAGCAUCAUGCUGUGGGAUGUUUUUCAGCGGCAGGGAAUGGGAGACUUGUCAGGAUCGAGGGAAAGAUGAACGGAUCAAAGUACAGAGAGAUCCUUGAUGAAAACUUGCUCCAGAGCACUCAGGACCUCAGACUGAACCAAAGGUUCACCUUCCAACAGGACAACAACCCUAAGCACACAGCCAAGACAAAGCAAGAGUGGCUUCGGGACAAGUCACUGAAUGUCUUUGAGUGGCCCAGCCAGAGCCCGGACUUGAACCCGAUCGAACAUCUCUGGAGAGACCUGUAAAUAGCUGUGCAGCUUCGCUCCCCAUCCAACCUGACAGAGCUUGAGAGGAUGUGCAGAGAAGAAUGGGAGAAACUCCCCAAAUACAGGUGUACCAAGCUUGUAGCGUCAUACCCAAGAAGAUUCAAGGCUGUAAUCGCUGCCAAAGGUGCUUCAACAAAGUACUGAGUAAAGGGUCUGAAUACUUAUGUAAAUGUGAUAUUUCAGCUUUUAUUUUAUAUAUAUAUUUUCAAAAAUGUCUAAAAACCUGUUUUUGCUUGGUCAUUAUGGGGUAUUGUAUGUAGAUUGAUGUAGAUUGACAAAACAAUUUAAUCAAUUUUAGAAUAAGGCUGGAACGUAAAAAAUGUGGAAAAAGUCAAGGGGUCUGAAUACUUUCCGAAUGCACUGAAUGCACUCACGCAUGCACACCCACACACACACACACACAUGCACACACACACACCUCUCACAUGCACGCACACUCACAACCACGCACGUACACACACACACACACACACACACACACAAACACACACACACAGACAGACACACAAUCACAAAUUGAAUGUCCAUGCAAAGGGGAAUAAAGCAUUGUAUUGUGUCACUCAACAGAUCUUUCUCCCUCUUUGUCACCAGACGCAAACUCCAAGAGACCUGAGGGGCAGAUGGCCACUCAGAUGGAGGACGUGGUAUUUUCCAGUCAAAAGUUUCUGCAGAAACUCUUCAGCGGCAUGUUUCUGGUUGAGCCAGAGAACCUGCUCACCUUCCUGGCUGACCAGAUAGUGUUGGUGGGAAACACUCUGAAUGCUAUGUGCUGCCAUGGGUGUAAGUAACAUUACAGAAUGCUCAGAUAAAUAGUACUGUCCUUCAUGUACAUAGUAAGUAAGGAGUCAUGUCAACUCUAUUCAUAAAAUCUUUGGUGGCAUUCCAGGCUGACUACAUUGCAGUCGCCUGCCAUAUCUCAGAACGAAAACGGUUAAACAAAUUAGCUAACCGCAUCAUUUGAUAUAGCAGCCUGAUGUCUGACUGCGAAGUCAUUGACGUGAUACGCCUGCCUGGAACGCAGGCCUUCUGCCUAUCUGCAAUGGUCUGAACUUUUCACCUGCUGUUUCCUGUCAGGUGCUGGAGAAAGGCCUAUCACAGAGAGAUCAACACCAACCCAGGCCUGCUCUACUUCCUGUCCCGCCAACGACACACACAGGCCGAACAGGAAGCUGUCUUCAGGACACUGCGAGUGGUAAUGGCGCGUUGGGAUGUAGUCAUGGUAAACUACAAGGCCAGAGUGAACUUCAACACAUGCCUACUGCACUGUCUACUGUUGAUACUAUUUGACAGGUAGGUAACAUGUGUACGCACAUGUGUAAGCACCCAUGCACACACAAACACACACACGUGUGCGUGCGCACACUCAAGAACACACACAACAUACACAGGGUGUUGAAGAGUUAGUCAUGUGAUUGGUUUAUGAUUGGCUUUGUGAUCAUGGAUGCUUUGUAUUCAUUGUAGGUCUAUGCUGUGGGGUAUUGUCUGUGCCCUACAGCUACCCAGAAGGCUUUGGGUGUGAAACGCACAAGAAACACCAGCCGAGAACCCUGUCUCAUCUUUUCCCUAUCAAGAGUAGCCGCACUUCCACAGUCAGACAGAGGUAGUGCUAUGUGUGCAUGUGUGACAGUAGAGACAGAUGUCCCUAGUUGAGGGACCCAUCACCCAUAAGAUCGAGCUGAGUGUGUGUUACAGAGUUGAUGUCCCUAGAUGAGAGUGUGUGGUCUAAGAUCCUGACUGAGAGACGCCCCAUUCUAGAAGACACCUAUAAGUGCGAGCUGUCAGCCAAUCAGAUU